AUGCCUACAGAAAUCUUGGGUAAGGUAGGUCCAGAGAAAGUUCCCGAUAUUCAAAGUAUAGCGCCAAAUGCAGAAAUAGGUUAUACACUAGAAGUUGAUUUAGAAGUCCCAACGCACUUGCACGAUUUCUUUGCAGAUUUUCCUUUAGCGCCAGAAAAGCAAAUAGUGUCAGAAAACUGGCUUAGCUUGUAUAAUGAAAGAUUAGUACGUGACAAGGCAGUUGGAGAUGGAAAAUAUGU